AAAUGAACAGCACAUACAAAUAAUAGGUCAGGCAGGACUCGGGACGGAAGGGCAGAAAGACAAACACAUAGAAAGCUGAUAAGCUGCGGCUUCUCUUCUCAAGCUCUCCUUCUCUUGCCGGGAAGACGCAGAACAAGAAAGAACCCAAGAAUAGAAGAUGACGAGAUCAGGAAAGAAAGGCAAGAACAGAAAUGACAGGGAGCAACAAAACCCUACCGUCACAGAAGUCACCCGAAUUCGAAUAGCCAAAGUACUGGGGGAGUUUCGUAUGGGAACCGCUGAAGUGUACACAUUUGAAGCUGGCUUGACAAAUCCUGAACGGGCGGUGGUGCAUGAAUUAUGCAGGAAGAUGGGUAUGGUGUCAAAAAGUUCUGGGCGUGGCAAACAGCGAUGUGUUACUGUUUACAAAAGCAAGAAGAAGAAGGGGAACGGCAUGAAUGGGGAGGAAAUUCUUACUUGUUUGACAUUUUCAGAAGAGUCAAAAAUAGUUUUACAGGACUUAUUUACACGGUAUCCUCCCGAUGAUGGAGAGAAUAAAGAACUUGAGAACCAUACUGCAAGGACUGGAAUUAUACAGGGGAAGAGUGAUGAUAGUUUUUGCAAACCAUCAAUGGGCAAGGUUGAAAUUACAAAGAAGUUGGAGGCACUUGCUUCUAGAAUAAAUAAGGAUGCAAACUUGAGACAGAUUACUGAAGACAGGUUCAAGCUUCCAAUUGCAUCGUUCAGGGAUGCUAUUACAUCUUCAGUGGAUUCUCAGCAGGUUGUGCUCAUUUCUGGUGAGACUGGAUGUGGGAAAACCACACAGGUUCCACAAUUUCUUUUGGAUCAUAUGUGGAGAAAGGGUGAGGCAUGUAAAAUUGUGUGUACGCAACCUCGACGUAUAUCAGCAACAUCAGUUGCUGAGAGAAUAUCUUCUGAAAGGGGUGAAAAAGUUGGAGAGACAGUUGGAUACAAGAUACGACUGGAGACUAAGGGUGGGAAGCAUUCAUCCAUUAUGUUUUGCACAAAUGGGGUUCUUCUGAAGGUGCUGGUUGGAAAAAGAGCUGUUUCUUCAAAGACACAGCCUUCAAAUAGAUUCUUGAAAGGAGAUAAUUUUGAAGUAACACACAUCAUUGUGGAUGAAAUUCAUGAAAGGGAUCGGUUCUCUGACUUCAUCUUAGCAAUUCUCAGAGACAUGCUCCCACUAUAUCCUCAUCUACAUCUGAUACUUAUGAGUGCUACUCUUGAUGCUGAACGUUUUUCACAAUAUUUUGGUGGUUGUCCGGUCAUCAGGGUUCCUGGAUUCACUUAUCCUGUCAAGAUUUUCUACCUGGAGGAUGUGCUUUCUAUCCUGAAAUCAUCUGAUGAUAACCAUCUUGAUUCUGCUUUAUUAGCUGAUACAGUUGAAGACGAUGAGUUAACAGAGGAUUGUAGAGUUUCCAUGGAUGAAGCUAUUGACUUGGCCUGGUCAAGUGAUGAGUUUGAACCCCUUCUAGAACUAAUUUCCUCUAACACAACACCAAGAAUUUUUAAUUACCAGCAUUCUCUGACUGGAGCAUCACCAUUGAUGGUUUUUGCUGGUAAAGGUAGAGUUGGUGUUGUUUGCAUGCUCCUCUCAUUCGGUGCGGACUGCCAUCUACGUGCCAAGGAUGGGACAAAUGCAUUAGAGUGGGCACAACGAGAAAAUCAAGGCGAGGUUGCUGAUACCAUCAAACAACACAUGGAGAAUGCCCUUUCCAAGUCUGAAGAAGAACAACAGCUACUUGACAAAUAUCUGGCAACUGUCAAUCCUGAACAUAUUGAUACUGUUCUUAUAGAGAAGUUGUUAAAGAAGAUAUGUAAUGAUUCAAAAGAAGGAGCUAUUCUUGUAUUUCUUCCAGGGUGGGAUGAUAUAAAUAAGGCACGGGAAAGAUUGCUAGCUUCCUCAUUUUUCAAGGAUUCCUCAAAAUUUGUGAUCAUAUCUCUUCAUUCUAUGGUUCCAUCUGUGGAGCAGAAGAAGGUUUUUAGAGCACCACCUCCCGGUAGUCGUAAGAUUAUUCUUUCUACUAAUAUAGCAGAGACUGCUGUUACAAUAGAGGAUGUUGUUUAUGUUAUUGACAGUGGACGGAUGAAAGAAAAAAGUUAUGAUCCUUAUAAUAAUGUUUCUACACUCCAGUCAUCUUGGAUUUCAAAAGCUAGUGCAAAGCAACGAGAAGGACGUGCUGGUCGCUGCCAACCUGGAAUCUGUUACCAUCUUUAUUCAAAGACUCGAAGUAUGUCUCUGCCAAAUUUUCAAGUUCCUGAAAUCAAGCGGAUGCCAAUUGAGGAAUUGUGCUUACAGGUGAAGUUGCUUGAUCCAAAUUGCAAAAUAGUAGAUUUCUUGCAGAAGACAUUGGAUCCUCCAGUUUCUGAAAGCAUACGCAAUGCCAUCAUUGUUCUUCAGGAUAUCGGCGCUCUAUCACAGAAUGAGGAUCUUACAGAACUGGGGGAGAAACUUGGUCUGCUACCAGUGCACCCGUCAACAAGCAAGAUGCUUUUCUUUUCCAUAUUGAUGAACUGUCUUGAUCCAGCUUUGACUCUAGCAUGUGCAUCGGACUAUAGAGAUCCUUUUAUUCUUCCCAUGGUGCCAGAUGAAAGGAAGAAGGCUGCAGCUGCAAAAUCUGAGCUUGCCUCAUUAUAUGGUGGGUACAGUGAUCAGCUAAUUGUCAUUGCAGCAUUUGAGUGCUGGCAACGUGCAAAGUAUAGGGGUCAAGAGGCACGGUUUUGUUCUCAGUAUUUUGUCUCCUCAAACACUAUGAAUAUGUUAUCAUGUCUGCGUAUGCAGCUUCAAAAUGAACUAAUACGGAGUGGGCUUAUCCCAGAAGAUGUGUCAAGUUGUAGCUUAAAUGCACGGGACCCAGGCAUACUUCAUUCAGUCCUUGUUGCUGGUUUAUAUCCAAUGGUUGGAAGAUUGCUUCCAUAUAAAAGUGGGAAACCAUUUGUGGAAACUGCUAGUGGUGCUAAAGUUCGAUUGCACCAUCAAUCCUCAAUUAUGAAACUAGCAAAAACUAAAUCUAAAACACAUCAGCUGGUUGUAUAUGAUGAGAUAACCCGUGGUGAUGGAGGUAUGCAUAUAAGGAACUGUACCAUUGUGGGACCAUACCCUUUACUGUUAAUUGCUACAGAAAUGGUUGUUGCUCCUCCAAAGGGCCAUGAGGAGGACAGCGACGAAGAUGUGUCUGCAUUUGGGAGUGAUGAGGAUGAAAUGGAGAUGCAUAUUGGUUCUUCUGAACAACGAGGAGAGCGAAUAAUGUCCUCCCCUGAUAAUACCGUUUCUGUUGUUGUUGAUCGGUGGCUCGAGUUUGAGUCAACAGCACUUGAUGUUGCUCAAAUUUACUGUUUGAGAGAAAGAUUGUCUGCAGCAAUCCUGUUCAAAGUAAAACAUCCAUGUGAAGUUCUACCUCCAGCUCUUGGAGCAUCAAUAUAUGCAAUUGCCUGCAUUUUGUCUUAUGACGGGUUAUCUGGGAUCUCCCUACCCUUGGAAUCUGUUGAUUCAUUGACAUCAAUGGUCAAUGCUGCAGGGAUCAACAAUUCAGCAGCCGGUGAAGAUUCCAAAUCAGCAUUGUCAGGGGGGAGGAGAGUAGUUGGGCAAAACAUUAGCAAUUCAAAUAAUUAUCUGAGGCAGCUGAUGAAUGAUGACAUAGGUUACGAUGUACGCCAUAAUUCUCCUUCACGUUAUCACAAAUCAAGAAAACCAGUAUCCAAUGGUGGACAUUUGAGUGGCUCCUCAGCCCAAAUCAGGUCACCAUCAUUGCCAUUUGUACCCAUACAUGGGAGUCAGAGACCACCACAAGUUCAAGGUCUGAGUGGACAUGGGUCAGGCAGGCAAGGAUCAUCUGGCCCAAGAAGUGGAUCAUAUAAACGACAUCGUGGCAGUGGGACCCGGUAAGAAAAUUGGGUGGAGGGGUAAAUGUUGUAGAUGGAAGAUAAGCAAGAGGUGGCUGUGGUUUUUGUUGUGCCAAAGCAGCUCCAUGGAAAUUAACAGAUAGUAGGAAGGGUGGCUAAGUGUAAUAGGCAGCCAUCCAUCUUUUUUGUACACUAACACAGAGCAAAAAGGCCAAACAUUGAACGUUACUAGAAAAAAAGGGAAAUUCUUUCCAUCUUUUCUUUUCUUUUAUUAAGUAAUUCCCCAAUCAAACUGAUUGGAUGAUUGUAUCUUAGAACUUCGCCUUCUCUGCUUGAACCAUGCAUUCCUCUGUACAUAUUUGUGUGGGUUGAUAUGUGGAGCUUAGCAGUCCUAGCCUUAUGUUUUCAAACAAUGAAUCAAUUCGUCUACUGUGUUCUGGUGCAACUCUCCACUGUACUACCUAACUAUGAUAUGCUGAAUCAUCAUAACAAGUUAAAUCUAGAGGUUUUCAAUUAA